AUGAGAUUUACGCACCCAGCACUGCUGUUGGCGCUGUGCCAGCUUGCUUCAGCAUCGCCAUGCAAGCCCUCUUCAUCUAUUGCUUCUGGUGCUCCUUCGAGCACCGAAAUUGAGUCUACAUCUUCCGCGACCGAAACUUCAGUGACUAUUUCGUCAGACGCAAGCUCAUUGACCUCUUCAUAUGACACCGCGACUCUUUUGGAGACUGCAUCAGCCUCUGACUUGUCUACAACCACUGUUGUGACAACCUCCAGCGCAGGACCUACAACUACACUUGAUGCGACAACAGAUCUUUCAACUACCCUGGAUGAGACUACGACCACUUUUGAGAGCGAGACAACCUCAGGCUCUGCAGCCCUAGUCACGACUACGACCGCUGAUGCUUCAACCACGACAUCAGCAGCCCCCGAAAUCCCAUCCAACCGCGUCCUCAAUCCCGGCUUCGAGGAAAACUCAGUCUUCCCCUGGCAAUCCAUGUCUGGAACCCUAUCCCCAUCAUCCUCCGAAGUCCACACUGGCAGUCAAGCCGGCUACUUCACCAGCACCACCCCCAUGAGUGCUAUCAUGGGUUCAAGACAAUUCAUCAACCCAACCUGGAUCACACCUGGCAAGAGCUACAAAUUUUCGGCCUGGGUGAAGAUUACAAAUACUGUUGGCUGUGGUUCCCGUACGAUAGUUUGUGGUCAUGGCACUGGACAAGGCACGACAAGUUCGGUUGGGACCAUCACGGAGACAGGGGAUUUCUCCUUGGCGAGUGUGACGUGUUCUUGGACGCAGGCUCAGUGGGAGGCUGGGCCAAGUGUGCAGAUUAGGAGUUAUUGUACGGGGUUUUCUUUCUUUGUUGACGAUGCGACUUUGGAGGAGGUUGAGACGUUGGGGUGA